AUGGGUAAUUGUUAUGGGAGUCGAAAGGAUCCGGUACCUUUGGCUUUUGAUUAAGCAGAAUAUUAAGCACUUAAUAAUCAGUUCCACUAUUAUUGUGAAUUAAGCAGCUAGUAAUUUAAAAGAAUAUUUAAGAACACGUGAUGUUAAAGGAUUGAACUAAAAAUCAUUUGAAGAUAUUUUCUGUGAAAAUCCAUCUUUUGGAAUAAAAUUAUUCAAAUUUUUAGAAGCAUAUUCUGGAUCUUAAGGAUUGAUUAAGAAAGAGCCUUUGUUUGAAUUUUGUAAUAUCCUAUAUAAUAAAAAGUGGAAUUGUUGGUGAAAGAUGUCCAAACUAAUAUACCUACAUUUAAGAACCUAGAGAGAUUUGAACUCAUGUCGUUAAUUUCUUUAUAAGAUUCAAAGUUUUUGACAACCAAAGAGGAAUUAGCAUAAUUACAAUUAACAUACUUAGACACAAUAGGAGUGAUUAAAGUAAUUAACAAUUUUAUAAAUAAGGAUUUAAUUAAGAUGCAUUAAAUAGGUAAAAAAGCAGUUUCAACGAAUGAGAGAUAUAUUAAAACAAUGGUUGAUAUGCUUUAUAGUAAAAAUCUAAACAAUUAUAUUAGAAAAUGAAGCAGGUUCAUUUUCUUGGGUUAGUUUGGUAGAUUUUGUUACAAAAUAAAUGCCAGGUACUAAAGAAGCAAUUAAACUAUAUUUCUAAGCAAAAUUUAUGGGGAAAUAAAUAAAUGUAAAUAUUAAAAUAAAAAUUAGAAUUUUAUUCCUGUUGUAAAUACUCCAUCUUAUUUUUUAACUGAUGAAUUAUGUUUUCAAUUAUUUCUAAGUACAAAUUCUGUUUUAAAGAAUUGUUCAUAAUUAUCAUUACUUUAUUCAAGUGUUGCACAUUAGGGUGGAUUUAAUUAAAUGAUUUAAGCUAUGAAAGGUAAAUUCUUUACAUUAAUAUUAUCUAGAAAGUAAAUUACCUACUUUACUAUUGGUUUAACAUGAAGAAAUUUAUGAAUAAAAAGUUAAAUAAUAAACUUUUGGUGCUAUUACUAAUCUUAGAUGGUAUGAUACUUAAUAAUAUUUUGGAACUAAAGAUGAUUGUAUUUUUAGUCUCUAUCCAUAUUACAAAAUAUUUAAAUCAAAAAAAGGAGAAUAAAAUUAUUGUUAUUUAGAUUCAUAAAAAGGUUUUGGAUUUGGAGGUAAGAAUGCAGAAGGAUGUAGAAUAUGGAUUGGUAAAAAUAUUGAAAAUUCAUAUUGCAAUUAAUUUGAUGAUACUUAUGAGAAUGGUCCUAUUGUACUUCCUUAUGUUAAAAAACUUAAAAUUAAAAUUAUAGAAUUAUGGGCUAUUUAACAUCCAGCUGAUGAUUUAGAUGAUAAUACAGAAGUGAUAGUGGAUUUAAAAGAUCCUUUACUUUAAUAGCCAGAUGAAGUAUAAUUUCCAGAUUCCAAUGCAGAUUAUUAUUGGGUAGGUUAAGAUUAGAAAAUUGAUGAAAAGACUUCAGGAUAUUAUUGGGAAGUUUAAAAUGAAACAAAAUGA